AUCGCUAUUGUCUUCGCCUUAGAGAGUGGUGUCGGAAGAAGCUCGACAAUUCAAUCACCGAACGCCGCUGCGGGAGAGAGAGACCGGCUCUUGUUUAAAGAUCCAUUUGUACAGUAGGUACGGAGUACAGUGCAUACGAGAUGAGUGUGCACAUUAUUUCUUCCCCGGGGAAGCCGCCAGUGUGGGGCCCGCAGACCUCUAAGAUGAACUUCUGCGAAGAGGACUAUCAUUUUACGGGAUAUGUGGGAGAGUUUAUCAAUACUCUUACGAGUUUAAGCUAUGUUUUUCUGGGAUGCUACGCUCUCUACCGCCAGCGCUCGCGCGAGAACGAGACCCAAUUGACCCAUUAUCUCUCCUAUAUCUCUCUGGUCAUUGUGGGAAUCGGUUCCGCGGCGUACCAUGCAACAUUGAAGUACCCAUUACAGCUAGUUGAUGACCUGUCCAUGUUGUUGGGUGCGGGCAUUAUGUUCCAUCAUGUCCUUACCAUCAAUCGCGGGACUGGAGAUCGAAUUCGACUGUUUCUCCUUAUCACUAUUGUUCUCUCGCUCGCAGUCUGGGCCCAUAUAAAAACGGGCGACUCAGCGUUGCACCAGAUCGUCUUCGGCAGCAUGGUUGUUACCGUUGGAUUCCGAACAUUCAAGCUCCUGAAAGCAAUGAUAUCCAGUCGGAAUAUGCGUUCGAAAUUACGGCGACUCGCGACUCGGGGAUAUUUGAUACUGAUCGUUGCGUAUGGCCUGUGGUUGAUCGAUGUCUUCGCCUGUCAACAUCUGAGAGCUCUCAGACAUGCCAUCGGGCUUCCUUUGGCUUGGUUGUUUGAGCUCCACGGCUGGUGGCAUAUUUUGACCGCUACAGGCGUAUAUAUAUACAUGCUUCUCGGAGAAUAUCUCCAACCUGCUUAUCGUGAUCAGGAGUCAGGGGGAAAUGAUGGAUGGAUUUCAAUUUUGAAAGGUCCAUCCAAUGUCAAGCCAAAAGAGUCGAGGACAAACGGGUGCAUCAAGAAACUCAGUUGAUCGAACAUUGUCGGACUUUCUUUUCAACCCUGAGAAAUGCAAAGCUCCAUGUUGCGUGGUGGACAGCAGCUACUCUGUGAGAGCAUGAACAGUCUUAAUAGGAAAAUAAUUCGAAACUGCUGUGAUAA